AUGCUCCCGUACGCGACGGGGGCCGAGGCGGAGGAGGCGCUGGGGCGCACCUUGACGUAUGCAGAGGCGGCGUGGCUCCGGUACUCAGCGUCGGUGCCGGACCGCUGGCUGCACCUGCACAGCGUAGCCAUGACAAUGGUUGUCUACACGCUCGCGCCGCUGCCCCUCGCGCUCCUUGAACUCCGCACGCCGGCCGCCGCCGCGCCAUACAAGCUGCAGCCCCGAGCGCGUCACUCGCUGGCCGUCUUCCUCCGCUGCUACGUGGAGUCCGUUCGCGUCCUCCUCCUCCUUGGCCCUUGCUUGCUCGUCUCCUACACCGACACUAAGAUAAUGGAGAUGCCGACGGGGCUGCCACUGCCGUCGAUGGGGGAGGUGGCUGCGCAGCUGGCAGUGUACUUCCUGGUGGAGGACUACAUCAACUACUGGAUCCACCGGUUGCUGCACACCAAGUGGUGUUACGACAAGAUCCACAGCGUCCACCACGAGUUCACGGCGCCCAUGGGCUACGCCGUGUGGUAUGACCACUGGGCGGAGAAGCUCCUCCUCUCCGUUGCCUCCCUGGCCGGCCCAGCCAUAGUGCCGUGCCAUAUCACCACCCUCUGGCUCUGGUUCGUGGCCCGCCUGCUUGUGGGCAUCAAUAUACACAGCGGGUUCAAGUUGCCGUUUGGCCUUGCGAAGUUUAUACCAUUCUAUGGGGGAGCGGAGCAGCAUGACUACCAUCACUACGUCGGAGGGCAGAGCCAGAGCAACUUCGCUCCCGUUUUCACCUACUGUGAUUAUAUAUACGGGACGGACAAAGGGUAUAGAUAUCAUAAGGCGACCCAAGCAAAGGUAACUUCUGUCAGCCAUCUUUUAAAGAUGGGUCAGCGGUUCGAUGAUGACGACGGCUUCUAAAAACAUGUGCACGUGAUGUAUGCUUAGUUUGCUGCAUCGAUCGUAGAUUUUGAUAUAUUAUGCGGAUGGAUCGACGAUGAUAUCAGUUUUAAAUAUUAAAAAUGAGAGCACUUUACAUUAUUGACUUUGUACUUCCUCUCUAUUAAAA